AUGAGCAGCAGUGUUAGUACUUCAAAUAUUGAAGUUCCGUUCGUUAAGCGGUUCCUUGAAGAGAUCAACUGCGAAGAACAUUUGGAUGCAUUUGAGAAAUACAAAUUGUUAGAUGAGGCUCGAAUCUAUUAUUUGGACAGGGAGAUUCUUGAAGAGAUUGGAGUUAAAGAGAUUGGAGAUAAAAUCAAGAUUUUGAAGCGUUCAAGACAACUUAGAAGAGAAGCAUCUGGGUUUGAUCCGAAGAAGGAACUUAUUGAAAUUACAGGUAAGAUUAAUGCGUUGAACUCGAAUCCUCUUUCUAUUAAUGAAGAACUUGUAAGCGACAAGCAUAGUGUGAUUUUUGUGUUGAAUGAUGGGUCAGCAAAGAAGGUGAACGUGAAUGGUUGUUUCAAUGCAAAUUCCAUCAAAAAGAAGUUGAUUAAACGUCUACCACCUGAGUUUAUCUCUAUAGACCCAGUGACGAAAGAGCCUGUUUAUUCCUCGCAAGAUUACGAUGUGUUUGUGGUGGACUAUACUAAAAAUGUGCUGCAUUUGUUGUACGAUGUAGAGUUGGUUACGAUCUGCCAUUCGAGCGACCGCUUGGAAAAGAAUAGAUUGAUCUUUGUAGCGAAAGACCAGACGCCUAGUGAGAAAGCCAUAUUUACAUCAAAGAAGGUAUAUCUAAAGACAUUGAGUGUAAUGCAGCAGAUGGGAUCACAACAUGGGACUGGAAGGCCACUGUUGUCUGCUCCAGGAAACAACGCACUAAGGAUCGAGAAUAGAAGCGAUGAUAUACGAGAAAUAUUUACCCAGAGGCCUCCAACAGAGUUGAUCUCAACCAAUUUGCCCGAAUACUUCCCUCAUACUGAUAUUAACCGUUUAAAGAAAACACUAAGAAACUCAAUGAGGCAAUCGAUUCGUGCCAGCAUGAUAAAGGGCAAAAACGGGUCUCUGGUUUCUUUAGCCGGCUCGAAUAAGAUUGGGGAUAUUUUAGUAAAUCAAUCACAGGCUGUUGACCGAGCAUUGUUGGAGAGUAUUCAAAAUGCUCCUGCAGUUACUCAAUCUAAUUCUCAUACCGGUAAUAAUGCCGUUCCAUUACGUACGAACUCAAUCGGUGGAUCCGAGGGCUCCACGGCAUCUUUAACGUCGUUAAUGAAACGUACAUCCAUUUCAUCAAGUGGUGGACGAACUGCUUCCAAACCAGCCAAUGCUCACAGGUCAAGAUCCACAUCUGGGGCUUCUGACAAUACCAGCAGAAUUGAAUUGUAUAAUACGGACACUGACAGUGAAGGUGAUGAUGACGAUGCUGAAGACACCAUUUCGUUGCCCACUAAAGUGGAGGCUCCAAAAUCGUGGCUCAAAGGUGCCAGAAUUGGUAGCGGUAGUUUUGGAAGUGUAUAUUUGGGUAUGAAUGCCGAAACUGGUGAGCUAAUGGCAGUUAAACAAGUCAAAAUCCAGCCAGCAGCAGUGUCAGCCGGUGUUGUACCAAUUGCAGAGGAUUCUAAAAAGGCACAAAGUCCCGGAGGAACAACAGCAAUUAAAAAUACCUCCCAAAUACACAGAAAAAUGAUCGACGCUUUGCAACACGAAAUGAAUAUCUUAAAAGAAUUGCACCAUGAGAACAUAGUUACUUACUACGGAUCUUCUCAAGAGGGUGGUAAUUUGAACAUCUUUCUCGAAUAUGUGCCAGGUGGUUCUGUUUCAUCUAUGCUAAAUAACUAUGGGCCAUUUGACGAACCCCUUGUUAAGAACUUCACAAGGCAGAUUCUAAUCGGUUUAGCAUAUCUACACAAGCGUAAUAUUAUCCACAGAGACAUCAAGGGUGCAAAUAUCUUGAUUGACAUAAAGGGUGGUGUCAAAAUUACAGAUUUUGGUAUUUCUAAAAAGCUGUCUCCACUAAAUAAACAGCAGAAUAAAAGGGCAUCACUUCAGGGUUCUGUAUAUUGGAUGGCUCCUGAAGUCGUUAAACAAGUCGUGACAACCGAAAAAGCAGACAUAUGGUCAGUUGGGUGUGUGAUCGUGGAAAUGUUCACAGGAAAACAUCCGUUCCCGGACUUCUCACAGAUGCAAGCCAUCUUCAAGAUCGGUACUAACAUCACACCAGAAAUUCCAUCAUGGAUUUCCGAAGAAGCUAAGUCUUUCCUUUUGAAGACUUUCGAAUUGGAUUACCGUAAGAGACCAAGCAGCUUGGAGCUUCUUCAAGAUCCAUGGUUGAAUACUGUACUAUAG